GUACCGAAUGCCAACCUCGCGCACCGCUCUGUCACUAGUCUUUUAAUAAGACGAUAAAAUAUUUGCUCGUCACCGCACGGCAAUAUUUGGUUUUAAAAAAACGUGAAUUAUUGUGAACAUAAUUGGAAUAAAAAGUGUUUUAAUUUAUUAACAAGAUGUCUCGUUACAUGAAUCGCCCGGAGAAUGCUCUGAAAAGAGCAAAUGAAUUUAUCGAUGUCGGAAAAAAGUCCAGAGCUUUGGACACUCUUCAAGAGGUGUUCCGCAACAAGAAAUUCACGUAUAGCUAUUCGGAAUCGGUGAUUGAGCCGAUUAUGUUUAAAUACUUGGAUUUGUGUGUUGAAUUGAAAAAAUCGCACAUCGCCAAAGAAGGUCUCUUCCAAUACCGAAACAUGUUUCAAUUGGUGAAUGUUGGCUCGUUGGAAAAUGUGAUUCGUGGCUACUUGAAAAUGGCCGAAGAGCGCACUGAAGCCGCACAACAACAAUCAUCGCAAGCCGUUAUCGACAUCGAUGAUUUGGACAAUUUAGCAACGCCCGAAAGUAUUUUAAUGAGCGCCGUUUGUGGUGAAGACGCCCAGGACCGGUCCGACCGUACCAUUUUAUUGCCAUGGGUGAAAUUUUUGUGGGAAUCAUACUGCCAAUGUUUGGAAUUGUUGCGUGUUAACGCACAUUGCGAAGCUUUAUACCAUGACAUCGCACGCAUGGCAUUCGCUUUCUGCUUGAAAUACAAUCGCAAGAUGGAAUUCCGUAAAUUAUGCGAAAAAUUACGUAAACAUUUGGAAGAUAUUUGCAAAUCAACCAAUCAAGCACAAGGUGUUAGCAUCUCAAAACCAGAAACACAACAAUUGAAUUUGGAUACGAGAUUGAAUCAAUUGGACAGUGCAAUUCAAAUGGAAUUGUGGCAAGAAGCUUACAAAGCCAUUGAAGAUAUUCAUGGUUUGAUGAACUUGGCCAAAAAGCAACCGGUUGCUAAAACAAUGGCAAAUUAUUACCAAAAAUUGGCAAUGGUCUUCUGGAAAGCUGGUAAUCAUUUGUUCCAUGCAGCUGCUCUCUUGAAACUCUUCCAAUUGACCCGUGAAAUGAAGAAAAAUAUUACGGCCGAAGAGCUUCAGCGUAUGGCAAGUCAUGUAUUGAUCGCCACAUUGGCUGUGCCAUUGCCUUCGGCUCAUCCUGAAUUCGAUCGGUUCAUCGAAACCGACAAGAGCCCAUUGGAAAAGGCACAACGUUUGGCCGUUUUGUUGGGUCUUCAAAAUCCACCCACUCGUGCUUCAUUGCUCAAGGACAUGAUUCGUUUCAAUGUCGUUUCAUUGGCCGGUGAACAGUACCGUAAUUUAUACCAAUGGCUCGAGAUCGAUUUUGAUCCAUUGAAUUUAUGUGCACGCGUUAAAGACAUCACCGAUUUAAUCGUUGCUGACGAAAAGCAUCCAUUGCAACAAUAUGUUAAUUCAUUGCAUGACGUCACGAUUGUUCGUUUGAUUCGUGAAAUCUCCCAAGUUUAUCAAUCAAUCGAAUUUGCACGCAUCUUGUCUCUAGCCAAAUUCACCAACAAAUUCAGUUUGGAGCGUAUUUUGGUCGAUUGUGUGCGUCACAAUGAUAUGCAAAUUCGCAUUGAUCAUCAAGAAAAUUGCAUUCACUUCGGAACGGAAUUGUCGGAAAGUCAACGUGACCAUCGUCCAGAUGGUCCAAUGCUUCAAUCAAUGCCAUCCGAACAAAUUCGGUCGCAAUUGGUGAAUAUGUCAAUUGUCUUGCAUCGUGCUAUCAACACCAUCAAUCCAAAUCGCAAGAAGGCCGACCGUGAUCGUAUUCGCGCACAAAUCGUUGAAAGCUACCAUGCCACCAAAAAUAAGGAGCAUCAACGCAUUUUGCAACGUCAAAAGAUGAUCGAAGACUUGAAAGAGUCGAUCGAACGUAAAAACAAUGAACGCGAAGAGGAAGAGAUCCGUCGUCAAGAGGAAGAACAGCGACGACUUAAAUUGGCCGAACAAAAACGUUUGGAAUUGGAACUUGAGGAACGUGAACGAAAACGUGCGGCCAACGAAAUUCAGCAAAUCAAGGAGAAGAGCUUGAAAGAAAAAAUGGCACAAAUUUCACAAACAACACACGGUCAAAAGGUGCUCAAGAAAUUGGAUGAAGAUGAAAUUAAGAAAUUGGAUGCUGAACAAAUUGCCAAACGUGAAUCGGAAGAAUUGCAACGGGAACGCAAAGAAUUACAAUCAAAAUUAAAGUCACAAGAAAAGAAGGUCGAUUACCUCGAACGGGCUAAGCGACAAGAAGAAAUUCCAUUGAUUGAAAAAUACUUGGAAGAUAAACAAUCUGGUGACAAAGAAUUCUGGGAACAACAGGAGAAACAACGUAUUGAAAAUGCUAUUUCUGAACGUGAAUUGGCAUUGAAGGAACAAGUUCGUUUGUCACGCAUGUAUCCAGACCGUAAUGCAUUCUUGGAUCGUUUGCGCAAAGAACGUAGCUCAAACUUUGAAGAAAAAGCCGCUGCAUUUGAGAAAUUACUUGAAGAAGAGCGCAAGAAACGUAUAGCCGAACGUGUUGUUGAACGCUAUGAAGAACGUAAACAAAAAUAUUUGGACGAAGUGGCAGCCGAAAAGAAACGGCGUGAAGAUGAAGAGCGUCGUGUUAAAGAGGAGGCUGAACGUGCCGAACGUGAACGUCGGGCAAAGGAACGUGAAGCCGAAUUUGAACGAAAUGCACAAAUUCAACGCGCUAAAGAAGAAGAAAGUGAACGCAAACUCGCCGAACGCAGAGCGCAGGAACAAAAAGAAAAAGAAGCUCAAUCGUCAUGGAGAAAUGCACCAACAGCCGAAAAACCAGCCGCACCAGCCGCUGGAGACAAAUAUCGACCACCUGGCCAACGAGGAGGCACUGAAGAAUCCCAACCACCUAGCGCUUGGCGAAAAGAACGUGUCGAAGCCAAACCAGACACCGAAAACAAAUGGCGCCGUGACGAAACUAAAGUUGGUCGAGAUGAUAGGGAAAUACGUCGUGGCGGAGAAGACAGAGAAAUCCGUCGUGGCGGUGAAGACAGAGAAAUCCGUCGUGAUGACCGAGGCAACAGGCGAGAUGAACGAGAUUUUCGAAGAGGUGACGGAGAAAUCCGUCGUAAUGAUGAUAGAGAAAUCCGCCGUAGUGAUCGUGGCGGUGAAGAUAGAGAAAUCCGUCGUAGUGAUCGUGGUGGUGAAGAUAGAGAAAUCCGCCGUAAUGAUCGUGGCGGUGAGAAUGAUAGACGUGGUGGAGAUAGACGCGGUGGAAACCGUGGUGAUGAUCGUCGAGGCAAUGAUCGUCGCAAUGAUGCUGGCGGCUGGAGAGAUACCAACCGCGAUAGCAACCGCGGUGGCGAAAUUCGUCGCUCCGACCAGCCACCACAGGAUGGUGGUAAUUGGCGAUCGGUUGCACCACGCAAGGAAGAAAUCAAACGGGCAAAAUCACCAGCAAAAGUUUCAGAUGAUGGUGGCUGGGAAGAGGUCCGUCGCAAGUAGAUCAGUGCAUUUCCAACAGCCAUGGAUUAUUUUUAUUAUUUCUAUAAAAUUAUGCAUAAAAUUUAAACUCUGUGUAAAACUGAAGUAAAUAAAUAAAUAACCAGAGUCAUUAACUAAAAAUUCAUUCA